GCGUGUUUGCAUUUUGUUAAAUUUCUCUCCUAGUUCUUUGUAGACUUUUGUUCUACUUUGAGCAUACAUUAACAAUUGCUUAAAACGUCUCUGACACCACGGUCCCAUAACCAUAUUCAUCAAUAGUUCUUCAGCUUCUCACUCACCCAUCCCUGCCUAGACCACAGUCUUAACGGCACUUCACCAUUAUCGAGAGAUCGAAGUACGACCGCAGUCACCGCGUUAUUGUUAUCUGAUAAUAACAUGAUGGCUGGCACUGGCGACCACAAGGCUGUCUCAGCUAUGGCAGUCCAAUAUUCGGACAACACUCCGAAGCACAAAAGACUGCUAAAUCUUUAUAGCGAGGAGGACUUGGGCCACGAUCCCAUGGUCAAGUUUGGAGGCAUCAAGCACUACGGUGUGAUUGGUGACCGCAUGCCUCCUGCUCCCAAGAUAGGCACAAGGCAACAAGACAUGCCCCAUACACUCACUUGUGCGUUCUUGAGUGACGCCGGCUCCAGUGCACAGAACUCGCGCACACCAUCUGGAGCCAGCAAGCCUCUUCCUUCAACCCCGGGCUUGCCCCUAACUGGUCGUAUUAGUCCCGGUAUAACCAAUCUUCCAUCAAGGCUCCUUAGCGACCAAGCAGAGUUCGGCGACAAUCUCUUCACCAAUAGCUGUGAGGAUUAUCCUCAACCCAUGCAGGGAAGAUCACGAACCGCAGCUGUCGAUGACAUGUAUCGUCGUCGAGCCCCUGUCGCUGCCAUUAAUCCUACCACUUGUUACUUUGCACGGGGUGCCAACAGACCUCUGCGGAAGUUGAUGACUCGGGACAUGCAGCCCGAUCUACCGGCGGCCAAACAGGCACGUCCAUCGAUCCCUGGCUAUACAGAUAUAGUCAGAGUUCGUGGUGGUCAUGAGGGUUCCCGCACUGGAAGUCCUGCAUACCAUAGCAGAAGUAGUUCGGAUGAGUUCUAUCCUGGAACAUACGGCUCGGAAGAAAACGUCCGGCCUUGCAAUCCAGAGGUCAAUAAAGCUGACAUCGGUGACAACCACAAAAGUGGAGGACUUCCGAUUGGCGAUUUUUGGCAACUAUGUGAUGACAGUCUAGAGGAUUGUUCAAGCACCAAGUUUGCACAAAUCUGUUUGCAAGAUCACAGUGUUGAUACCCCCUUGAUCAUUAACUUUCACACCGUACCUCACUACCCAGGCUAUCAAGGCUGUAUUGUUUCCUUGAUUCCUGGACCUUUGCUCAGCGGCACGCCUGGUGCGCCGUUCAAUCCAACUCCCUGGCCCUUCACGCUUCAGGUGCCACGUAGCCAAUUCCAAGGGCUCCCGUACCACAACAGCCACAUCAACCACAACAACGGUAACUCUCCCAACUAUGGCGGCAAUCCUACACUCCCCAGCAACCAGUCGGCGAACAUUCCAGAGUGGCAGUCUUGCUCUCUGUGGAUCACAAAACUUAACCUCCCCAACGACGAGAGCGCAUACCACCAGCUCCUCUUCGCCGUCCGUGGCUGCGGCAAGGUGUAUGCCUGUGUGAUCAACCCCCCUGAUCUCUCCAAUGGACACAUGACCUGCGCGGCGAAGCUUGUAUUCUUCGACCAGUCCGGGGCGCAAGAACUGCUCCGCCGCUCCUCGUCGGGCGAGUUCGUUGUCAACGGCUACAUCCCCCAGGUCGUGUACAACCGGAUCCGCACCGGGCCGCAGCCGCUGGGCCCUGAGUCCCGCGUCAUCCACAUCGAAGGACCGAAGCGCGUCGUCGACCAGAACGUCCUCCGCAUGUUAUUUGAGGGCACCAUCAGCUUCCAGACGGACGAGGUCGUGACCCUCAGCGAGGAGCCCGGCCCCGAGGGGCGCCGGCGCAUCGAGUGGCGCUUCGGCUCCUAUCGCUGCCAGGCGGCCAGCGCCGUGUCUGCCAUCCAGAGGAAGCGCCGUUCAAUCCCACCUGACAUCGGCGAGAAGUCCAACCUCUGGCGCUCCGUCGUCACAUUCUAUGGCGUCGACCCCUGUGCUGCCAAGCCUUGA